CAGGCAAAUGGCUUUUACCGGCUCAGAGCAGGCGGAGACACCGGGGGAAGCAGGCAGGAGCGCAGGCAGGCUGACUGGGAGGCACCGUGACCGCAUCUGUCGCUUCACAAUCUCGACGCUUCACUCGCACGCAGGAUUGGACUCAAUUUUUUUACACUUAAUCCCGAUUUAAAUCAAUGAAGGAGAGACGCUCGUGUCAGAAAUUAUCUCUGAAAUCCGGCAUGGAUCCCAGUCAGAGUGUGAAGUGUAAGAUAGUGGUGGUGGGGGACAGCCAGUGCGGGAAGACUGCGCUACUUCACGUGUUUGCCAAGGACUGUUUCCCAGAGAGCUAUGUCCCCACAGUGUUUGAAAACUACACGGCCAGUUUCGAAAUCGACACGCAGAGGAUUGAGCUCAGUCUGUGGGACACCUCAGGAUCUCCAUACUACGACAAUGUGAGGCCUCUCUCCUACCCAGACUCUGACGCUGUUCUUAUCUGUUUCGACAUUAGCCGCCCUGAGACGCUCGACAGCGUACUGAAAAAGUGGAAAGGGGAAAUCCAGGAGUUUUGUCCCAACACAAAGAUGCUGUUGGUUGGAUGUAAAUCAGACUUGCGCACUGACUUGAGCACACUGGUCGAGCUUUCCAACCACAGACAGACACCAGUCUCUUAUGACCAGGGUUCCAGCAUGGCCAAACAGAUCUCGGCGCCCUACAUCGAGUGCUCGGCUCAGCAGUCGGAGAACAGCGUCAGAGACAUUUUCCACGUUGCCACACUGGCUUGCAUCAACAAAAACAACAAAAAUGUCAAGCGCAGUAAGGCCGCCCGCGCCACCAAGAGGAUUUCACACAUGCCUGGUAGGCCCGACCUGGCGGCUGUGGCCUCAGACCUCCGGAAGGACAAAGCCAAAAGUUGCUCUGUCAUGUGACUGAUCAGACUGAGGAGGAUUAGACUGAGGAGAAUGAGGACAGAGCACAGUGCAAGCAGGAAUCUACGGGGCAGCGCUCUUUCCUGCAUGCUAAAGGCCCCUUAUUUGUCUGGAAAGGGGUUUUAUAAGCUUCAAUUCAUGUACAUGUUACUGGAAUACUCUGCACCAAUGAAAACUCAAUGCGUAGUAGCGUCCCAAUCCAUGUGGCCCCCUGCCCUAUCAGACGAGGAAGCUAUCUGUCAGCGGGCUACCUGCUCGGGGAAGUGACCUGCUUCCUCCGGGAGGACAAAGCGGACGUGGUCGAGGUUUUCCACACCAACAGGAAAUGAGCAGGAGGAGUGAUGUCAUUAGGAGACACUCAUUUGUACAGGAAAGGUUUAAGAACAUGUGAUCUUUUGAAUGAGAGCCAAAGUCGGCGAUGGGGGUUUGCUGCCUGGGAACAAAAAAAGAGGAGCUGCUGUUGUUUGUGCCGGAUCAAAGACUUUUUGCUCGGAGGGCUUGUACAACAACUCACUCACUGUCACUGUGGUUUGGAACUGAUUCACUCACCCCCGCUCCUGUAACUGUGAGACUAGAAGAGGAAUUUCUUAGUCCUGUGCAAAGGAUACAUGAUGCUGUGUGUCCUCCAUCUUUGAUAUGUUGUCAGUAUAAUGUGAAGUCAUUGCUGUGUAACUGCGUCAUUGUUUUAUUUUAGCUUCACCCUGAUGAGUUUCAACCAUGAACAGCUGAUCCUAGGAGCUGAAUGAUUUAUUGCAUCCAAGCUGUUUAAAACUGCAGGUUUGUACCAGUCAGACAGUCAUUCUGUGCCCAUUAAUGUCAUCUCAACAGCUAUAGAUACAUAAGGACUCUAAAGACAGAUUAUCCUAAUUGUCCUCCACACUGACAGCUUUAUGGACUCCUCUGUAUGAAACUGGGAGCCAUUAGCAAAAAGGCUCAAAGCUGCAUUCACCCUUGGGUUUUGCUAACAAUUCCCUCAGUUAAUGUGAUAAACAGAUGCAGCUUUGCCCUUCAUUUUUACCAGUUUCUAACACUGUUUUGAAAUGAGAAAGCAGAAAUAACUUGCAUAACACAUUUUGAAAGCCUUAUGGGCCAAAUGGCUUUAGUUGACCAACACUUAACAAGUCAAAAUUUGACUAAUUGUGUAAAAUGAGGAUGUCCUAACAGGCUAACAGCCAAUUUUAGCUGUGAAUCACUUUCCCACUGCACUUUAGAGAGGGAGUGAAAAUGACAGCAACAAUUAAAGCUUGUUUAUUAGGCUCUGCAAACAUCAGAGCUCUCGGCUUUGCAUUUACUCCAUGUGCUCUGACUGUCGUUGGGUAAUAUCUUCAUAAAGGCCCAGUCAAACCAAAAUGUGAAACAGCAGAAAUUUGCAGCAAGAGAGAAAAUAGAUAGAAGUUCAGGAAGCUAUCGUAUCAUACUAACAUUAGCAGUUAGCUCGCCGGCUACAGCAGUUUACUAAUUAACUCUCAGCCUCUAGAACCACAGAUUUUAUGACUCAGAUGAAUCCAGCUGUGCUACUUUCUGAUGUGACUGGGCCUUAACUCAACUUGGAUGAUUUUGUUUUUCCUACACAGUCAUUUCAGUUUUUGGGUUUCAUGACCUUCAGGCCUGUGGGCCUUAUUUUAAAAUAUGAUAAAAUAUAAACAACAAAUGAGUUUAAGAAGUUUAAGAGUCUGGUAAAAACCUGAGUGAAUUUGUGGUUUUCAUCUAACAUCAGUGCAAUUUAAGAAGCUGUUUAAAUAUCAAAGGUAUUGAUGCACUUUUAAUGUAACUUUCAAACUUUCCCCAUUAGCUCGUUCAAAUGCCACUGCUGUCACAUUUGGCAGAGCAGUGGCCCAAAUCUUAUCUCCAUUUUCUAAUCUGUUGUCUCUUCCCCGUGUACAUUACCAUGUUUUCUUGAAUGUUGAUGUCACCUUCAAAAUGUCUUUGCCAAUGUUGUUGCCACAAUAUUUAUUGAAGUAUAUAUUUUCCCUUUAGAAUAAAUGCAAAUGGAAUUGAA